AUGCCACGCAAGCGACGUGCCUCGACGCCGACGUUGGACGCCGACGAGGAUGAGUUCGUCUCGGAAGAGAAGUAUAGCAAGGACGAGUUAGACAGUCGUGCCCCGCGAAACGCGGCGAACGCUAGGGAACGUGCACGAAUGAGGGUGCUCAGCAAAGCGUUUUGCAGAUUAAAGACUACAUUGCCCUGGGUACCAGCCGACACGAAACUCAGCAAACUGGACACCCUUCGCCUUGCCGCUACUUACAUCGCUCAUCUCCGUGCGGUCCUCAGGGACGACGGGGAUGCGCACUCGGAGACAACUAGAUCAUUAUCCUUGGCGCUGUCGUGGCCGUUUGCUCUGCAAGGAGGAAACGCUUCUAUGUUGAUGAACAACAGUUGCAACGUAUCAUCGUCAACGUCAUCGAGUUCUAAUCAGUACCGUGGUCAGCAGGGAACCCACGAGAUCCAAAAUUUUCAUCAUCCUGGACAUCAGAGCAUGUCAAUGCGUCACAAUCACGAGUCACAGCUCUCCUAUUUCUAA